UCUGCCGGAUUUCUAUUUCAGCUGACGGACUGUGAUUGAGUUAAGAGUUAAACUACUGGUUCCGUGUUUUUAAACUGCUGCGCAGAUCCCAGAAAGUCCUUGUGUUGGUUUUCGUAACGUACGGUAACUGUGUAUGGUUAUUUACUGGAUAUAAUUGCGAAGUUGAAACUUUUAUUUCCAUUAAAUCUAACGUAACGUUACACUGAAUUACCAUAAUAUGGAUACUUACACAGACCAUAUUUUUGAGUCACUGUUUGAGUUGGAUUAUUUGAAAGGAUCAGGAAGUGAGAUUGAACUAUCUACAGUAUCUAACGACUUUAUGUCUGCAAAUACCCCUCCAUACGAAGAAAGCGAAAAUGAAGAUGAUCAACUUUUAAACAAACUUUUGAGUGAAUCAGCAAUGCCUGAGGAUGACUCUUGCAUGAAUUCUUAUUCGACGAUGCCCAGUGAAUCGAGGAGUCCUUCAUUCAGUGGUAGCUGUUCUCCCUCGUCAACAUAUGGUACAGAACAAGACUGCCUGUCGCUGGAAGAUGUUGCACAAUCUUCAAUGGUGAAAAACAGUCGAGUUUGUGAAACAGUGAGGUCAAAAAAGACAGUAAGAGGAAAAUCUGUAUCACAAAAUCGUGGAGCAAUAAAUGCCAGAGAAAACAGGGAGAAGAGAAAGUUGUACAUCAAAGGGCUAGAGAACUCUGUCCAACAGCUUACAACAGAGAAUGAAUCAAUGAGAUCUCAAAUUGACCUAUUACAAAGAACUGUGGAUGCUUUGUCACAGGAUGCAACAUACCUUCGAAACGUAAUGGAAAAUCAGAGCGAACUGUCCAAAAUAUUAAAGGCUGUAUCAACUGUUCCUGGUAUAUUUGUGAAGCCUUCUUUAAAAUCUGUGAAUCUGACAAAGACUGUUGAUAAAACGUCUGGAAAGCGCAAACUACCAACAUGUUCUGAUGAACCCUGUGAUAAAAAGAAAAAUACUAAUACAGGCAUCUGCUUACAUGUGAAAAAUGGAUCAGUAUCUUUUGAAUUGUGUUCACAAUGUAAUUCUUCCUCUCCAUCGUGAACUUGGAUGCAUUAAAUUCCAUGGUAGUUGUGCCAGUAUCUUCCACCAAAGGACUUAAAUGGACCUAACUUGUAACUCAAGAUGGUCGGUCAAUUAAUUUUUUAUUUUUAAAACUGUAUAUAAUUUAUGUGGGGCCAAUGGUUCUAAUUAAUUGUCUCUGGGUUUGUAUUUUUGUGAUCCUGUAACAAACUCGAAUUUUUUCAGUUCUCUUUGUAAGUUAACAUGGGGAUUCAUUCUAAAAGAUAAGACUUUUGAUGAAAGUACAGAUCUAGAGAUAAAUUAUCUUCAAAUUUCGUGAACAUGCCUUUUUCCAGUGUACUGGUCUGUUAAGCAUCAUCAAUUUAUAGUAAAUAUCAUUUACAUUGUUUUGAAUGUUUUGUUAUGCUUGCAUUUUCAUUUUUACAGAUCUUGCUGAAGCUGACCAGUACUAUUAUGGGACACUGUUUUUCAAGCUGAUAUUUUGAUCUUCGUUGGUAUUAUCUGUAUCGUUUACAAGUCAAACUUUGUAUAUUCUUCUUCUAAAAAUUUAGGGACCUUGUCAUAGAACAUUUAAAUCCCUAUUUUUCAUAAUAACAGGUGCGAUUGAUGCUACUUUGAAGAAACGAGAAGUUCCAAGAUCUUGGUGGAGUAUUAAAAAUGUCGGUUUUUAUUGAUUUUCCAGAGCUAAAGCAUACACUUUUGGUCCACAUAUUUUCUUGGUGGUCGCAUGCCAUAAUUCAUAAUGCUGCUAUCCUUGAUAACAAUGUUAAAAUUUCAAUAUCGCAAGUUAGUAUUCAGCAGUUCCCAUGAGCCAGUAACUUGUUUUGAAGUUUUUUUCUUCAGGUGAAGCUGGAUCGCACUGCAACGAACUGUUGCAACUUCAGCAUCUUCACAACUUCGGAGGAAGUCUCACGCAGAAUGCGGCAAGUAGGCAUUGGAUCAGUUAAAUUUGGGUACGGCAAAUGUUCUUCAAAGUGCAUGAGCUCUAUGAUGGCGGUGAGAAAUCCAGCAAUCUUCUCUCGCACGAUUAUUCUCCAACGCGAGGUAAUCAGGGGCGCGAUCCCGACGCUCAGCGCCGUUCUGUUAAAACUCUAGAAAGGCUGCUUUACCGUUGAACCAUUCGUUUCAAAUAGGCCCGUUUGGGUUUAACAUUGUGAUCACUGGACUUUUAUAGCUACAUUCCGUGUCCAACAAGUUUUUUUUUAACAACGUGACAUCAAAACGAUCUAAGUCCACGUCUAUCUAUAAGUGCAUUAUACAGAUCCUGGCACAUUUAUAUGGUGACCAUUUUCUUUUAGGUCAGAGGCAUUUGAAAUCAUUCAGUGAUCAAGUCUUCGCAUAAAACGCUGAACAAGAUUAAAAGUGUUCAUAUUGCUGUAUCAUUUAUUCAGUUCCCGACUUUUUUGACACAUUGACCAAUUUUUGGGCUCCUGCUUCCCCAGUACGCAUAAAAAUCCAUUUGCAUUUGUUAAACUUGCAAUACGUGCAACUGAUGCUCUGGCUUUUGUAUAUUCUGGAUGGUUUAUAAUGUAUACAGUACACCUAUCCCCCUUCAUCGUUAUUUGACAUUUUUUUGACAGUUGUUGUUGAGAUGAGAUCCUUUAUUUACGUUAUAUACGUUAUUAUAUA